AUGAAGAAUCUCAAUCACUUUAUACUCCCCGUAGUCGUGUUCCUAACCAUCUCCACCGUAAUCAACGGUGGAAUAACAAGCGAAUAUGUCCGUCAAGCUCAAUCAUCGGUCGAGAUGCCUCUCAAAACCUUCCGUACUCCUUCCGGUCACUAUGUUCCUGAACAGGUUCAUUUAACGCAAGUAGAUCACGAUGGACGCGCAAUGAUCAUCUCGUGGGUCACUAUAUUGAAUCUAGCCGGUUCUAACGUCGUUACUUACUAG